UGCAAAUCGAAGAAGAUAUAUGCAGUUGGGGUCAAAAUGUUAAUUUCACGUAGUGCUUAAAUAAAUAAGAAAACGUAUAAAAUUCAUUUGUUUUGGGCGGGUAUAAAGGGGCUCUGUACAAUCUUUUUCAUACAUUAUCCCUUUGUCCUGAAAAUAAAUCAGUAAAUUCAAUAUUUUUCAGUUUUUGAAAUGAUGGAAGAAAAAGAAAAUGGGAGGGCAAUGGAAGGGGAAGAAAUUUCAGAUUUCUCUUCCCUGCCAGAAGGAGUCGUAGCUAAAAUCUUGUCGCUGACCACUCCACCGGAUGCCUGCAGAUCGUCGGCGGUUUCCAGGACUUUCCAUGCGGCGGCGCAGUCAGACAUUGUGUGGAACGAAUUCCUGCCCACGGAUUGGGAACUUUUGAUUUCUCGCCGGAAACCUGGCAAAAUCAAAUUUGAUCCAAUUUCGAGUCCGAAGAAGGAUAUCUUUUUCUCCCUUUGCUACAACCCAGUGCUAAUUGAUGACGGCAACAAGAGCUUGUCAUUGGAAAAAUGGAGUGGUAAGAAACGCAUAAUGCUUGGAGCAAGGGACCUCUCGGUUGUUUGGGGUGAUACCUCUGGCUAUUGGACCUGGGAACACCGUCUUGAGUCGAGGUUUGCAGAGGUAGCUGUGCUCGUCAAUGUGUGGUGGCUUGAAAUACGUGGAAGAAUAAGUUGCAGAAUGCUGUCUCCUAAAACAACUUAUGCAGUUUACUUUGUGUUCAACAUGAGGCGAUGUUAUUACUAUGGUUUCGAUAUCGAUCCUGCUGAUGCCACAGUGGGAAUUCUUGGCACUGAAAACCAUCGGAGAAGUGUAUGUUUGGACCCUUAUUUGGACAAUCCUCAGGGGCGGCGCCGUCAUGCACCGUGGAUGAUGAGGCCUCAGUCCGAAGGCAUGUCAGGGUUAGAGCGGCCACAGAAGAGACAUGAUGGCUGGUUUGAAAUUGAAUUGGGAGAGUUUGAAAGUGGUGAUGGAGAUGAUGAAGUUGAGAUGGCUCUUAAGGAGCUGAAGGGCUCUUCUGAUAAGAGUGGCCUUGUUGUUGAGGGGAUUGAGAUUAGGCCUAAACCUAGUCACUUGUUGUAUAGAUGACUUUGUUAAAGCAAUGGUACUGCUAUUACCCCAUGAAAAUAAAACAUAAGACCUUGCUUUGUAAAUUCUACAGAUUUGUUCUCUAUGAUUCUAAUAUUCUUA